CUCCCUGAUGUGCGCCCAUCCCGCGCGCACCCAGAGCACCGCGCCCAGCGCAAGCGCUACGAGAAGGAGAGCCCGCACUUCAGCAUGAGUGAGUUUGGCAUCAAGGCGGCGGUUCUGGCGGUUCUGGCGGCCCUGGCUUGCAUCCCGUGGGGCGAGGAGGAGAAGAGGGAGGGAGACGAGGGGAAGCGGGAGAGAGGGAAGAAGGAGGAGAGGGAGGGGCAUAAAGGGGAGAGGAGGAAGAGCUAUGCGGAUGGCAAGAGGAGGAGUGCGGAUGCACGGGCGGGUGAUGGUGGUUAUGAAUAUGAUUAUGGCUCUGGACCUUAUGGUUAUGGUUAUGGUUAUGAGGAUAGGGAUGCGUACCGGGGCUCAGAUAGAAGGAGGAGGUCAGGUUGACGGAAUGGACGGAAAUACCCACCCACCUACUGCGAAUAGUAGUGGCCGACACGCAUAUCUCUCCACGAUAGAGCCCCAGUAUUCCUCUCCAACUCCCGGCAACGAAUCCUCCCUCCCUCUGGUUGGACGAUUGGCGGAAUCAUCCACACACCGGCGGCAUUAUCACAACGAGCUGUGAGCCCGGACGGCUGUUGGCCAAUGCAUCAUUACCUAUGCUUCGAUUCGAUAGCGCAGUUGAAAUUGAUGGGAAAGAAGGAAAAAAAAGGAGGUCCAGGGGCUCUCCCGCGAAAAUACCCG